CCACCCCAGCGUUUAAUGCAGUGCCUGGCACAUAGUAAGCUAUUAAUAAAUACGACCAUUACGAUUAUGAGGGCGCUGAGUCAUCCUCUCCUCCCCGGGGGGCGGGUGGUGCUGCUGAGUCACGCUGAUUCGGUCCCCCUGCCGGGCGCGCGCACCCCUCCUCUACCGAGGGAGGAAGGGGAGAAAAGCCAACAUGGAAUCCCCCAACCUGCCCCCCGGAAGGGGACCCCCCCCCCCAAAACCCAGACGACGUUAAAACGGUCGAACUGGGGGGGGUGUUCAGCGGCUAUUUGGAGGACGGAUCCAUCUUUGGGGCUCCGGGGGAGGGACUUCUGGGGAUGGCGCCCUCCCCUCUGUGAGGAAUGGUACGGUCCCAGCGGGUGGUUAAAGCCCCGGCGUCGGCUCCGCGUGGCCACUAGGGGGCGGGAUGGGGCCGGGGGAAGGCGUCGGCGCAGGCGCAGUGGAGGGCGCCGGACCGGCGCCGGAGCACCGUAGCAUCCACUCGGGGAGCAUCGCCACCGUGCACAACAUUCCGAUGAGCGUUCUCAUCCGGCCCCUGCCCUCCGUGCUGGACCCCGCCAAGGUGAAGAGCCUCGUGAAGACCAUCCAGGAAGAACCGGAGCGGGUCCCCCCGAUCGACGUCUUGUGGGUCAAGGGGUCCCAGGGCGGGGACUACUAUUACUGUUUCGGGGGUUGUCACCGGCACGCGGCCUACGUGGCGCUCAACAAGGAGACCCUCCCGGCCAAAAUCGUCCGCUCCACCGCGUCAGAUCUGCGCCUCUACCUCGGCUCCUCCGCCCCUAACCUGAAGUAGCCCCUUCCCGCGCCUCCGCCAGGCCGUCCGACAGAUGAGGAGCCAGGCGGCCAAGCAGGUGGAGCCUGGGAGUCGGGAGGACCCGGGUUCUUCGUCCCGGCCUCCGCCGCCUGUCCGCUGCGUGACUUUGGGCCGGUCUCUUCGCUUCUCUGGACCUCGGUUCCCUCAUCCGGAAAAUGGGGGUGAAGCCCGAGAGCCUCUUGCGGACGGGGCCUGGAUCCAGCCCGUUGAGUUUGCAUCUCCCCAAGCGCACAGUAUGGUAUUUUUUAAAUACCGUUAAAAAAUAAUAAAAAAAAUUGGGGCAAGAACUGGAGUCA